GUCGUCGCCUUCAUCACGAUCUUGGACACCAGGGGUAGGUUAGUGAUGUCGCCUUCAAGUGGAUGCUCGCCGUUAGGUGCAGCUAUAUUUGUAGUGAAGCACUGGGAUCUGAUGAAUCCAGGGUCAGUACCUGUGGGCCGCGAGUCGGUUUUCCCGCUCCGCGAUGCAGAAACAACAACUUUCAGAGUGUACUUGGACAGCAUACUGUUCCAUACGAAAAGAUAUGAGAUCACGUUUGCAACAUCCACUAUACCAUGUUUUCAACCCAUCAGCUGUUGGCAAGAAUCCGGUCUAAGGCGUGGACCCUGGCCGCUCGAACGUUGCAGUCGAAGGAUCGAAUCCCACUCGUGGCAUGGACGUGCGUCCGAUUUUCUUGUGUUGUGCUGUCCUGUGUAG